AUGAGACUGUGGCGACUGGUCGCUACGCUGGAGGCGGGCGGCGAGCUGGGCGCGCGCAGUGGCCCGAGCGCGCCGCCGCUGCCGCCCAGGGGACCGCCCUCCAGCGCGCCUGCAAACAUACUAACAUUUAUUAUAAAUAAGCCUUUACCGGAUAUUAUUCAACCCGGGAGACUUCUGAAAAGUCUAGUCUACAAAAAGGGAAUGCACCAAAGCUGA